AUAUGGCAACACCGCUGCUUACUUUUGUGAUGUCGUCUUCGAGUAUCGAGUGUCGUCGUCUUUUUUAAAGUUUUAUCAAGAAAUUCUCUGCUAAGUUGGUGAACGUGAUAAACUUUAACGUAGCUUAUGUAUUUAAAAGUGACUUAUUGUGAAAUUUGUUUAGUGUUGGACUUAAAAAAUACCUACUUGUGAUAAGUUUCUAAUUUUAGUCACCCCUAGUGGGCAAUUUCGGCAAAAAUGAUGACGGAAAAUAGAAUUAGUGCGAGUAAUCACGUCGGAAACAUGAGCAAUCAAAAAGGAGAUGUAAAUGAUAAAACUGUAGACGACAUUGGGUGGAAAGCGAAAUUAAAACUACCCCCCAAAGACAGAAGGAUGAAAACCAGUGAUGUCACUGACACAAGAGGUAAUGAGUUUGAAGAAUUUUGUCUUAAAAGAGAAAUAUUGAUGGGAAUUUUUGAAAAGGGAUGGGAAAAGCCAUCCCCUAUUCAAGAGGCUUCUAUUCCUAUAGCACUUAGUGGUAAAGAUGUACUAGCAAGAGCCAAGAAUGGAACUGGCAAGACAGGCGCUUAUUGUAUUCCAGUCUUAGAACAGGUUGAUCCUAAAAAAGAUGUUAUACAAGCUUUAAUUGUGGUACCGACUAGAGAGUUGGCGUUACAAACAUCACAAAUAUGCAUUGAGCUUGCCAAGCACACAGACAUUCGUGUUAUGGUCACUACGGGAGGCACAAAUUUGCGAGAUGACAUAAUGCGUAUUUACCAAAAUGUCCAAGUUAUAAUUGCAACACCAGGACGUAUAAUUGAUCUCAUGGAUAAACAAGUAGCAAAGAUGGACCAGUGCCGGAUGCUGGUUCUUGAUGAAGCAGACAAACUUCUUUCUCAGGACUUUAAGGGCAUGCUGGACACAGUUAUAUCACGACUACCAAAAGAGCGCCAGAUUCUUCUAUUCUCUGCCACUUUCCCAUUGAGUGUGAAACAGUUUAUGGAGAAACAUUUAAAAGAACCUUAUGAGAUUAACCUCAUGGAAGAGCUUACACUGAAGGGUGUUACACAGUACUACGCAUUUGUGCAGGAGAGACAGAAAGUGCAUUGCCUAAAUACACUCUUUUCAAAGUUGCAAAUCAAUCAGUCCAUUAUAUUCUGCAACUCAACCCAACGGGUAGAGCUUCUGGCUAAGAAAAUAACGGAAUUGGGUUACUGCUGCUACUACAUACAUGCGCGCAUGGCGCAGGCGCACCGCAACCGCGUGUUCCACGACUUCCGCGCCGGCUUGUGCCGCAACCUCGUGUGCUCCGACCUGUUCACGCGCGGUAUCGACGUGCAGGCCGUCAACGUGGUCAUAAACUUCGACUUCCCGCGCAUGGCCGAGACAUAUCUGCACCGAAUCGGGCGCUCGGGCCGUUUUGGGCACCUUGGAAUUGCCAUCAAUCUGAUUACGUACGAGGACCGCUUCGCGCUGCACCGCAUUGAGCAGGAGCUGGGCACUGAGAUCAAGCCGAUCCCGAAGGUCAUCGACCCUGCGCUAUAUGUGUCGCGCGCCGACGAUGACGAUGGCGACAAGUAACGCAGUGCCUCGUCUCGCGUCGCUGCUCACUGGUGAAUGGAACUAGGAUAAAAUAACACAAAAACAAAAACUUAUUUGUAAAAAGUGUAAUGAAUUUAUUAUAACAAAAUGUGAGUGUAUAUAGUUUAUCGUGAUAUAAGACUUGAACCUGAAAAGGGUUAAUUUUUUAAAGUGUAUAUAAUAAACAUCGGGACUUGCGAAAGGCACCUUGCGUUCUUUGUCCAUAUUGGAUUCUGUGCGUGGUUUCCUAAGAUUGUUAAAAAAGUAAAAUAUUUAUCUUGAGUAUCCUACUUGUGAGAGUCUAUCUAAAUUUGUCAGUGAUCUUAACAUAAAUUGUGGUAGACUUUUGAAAUGUGCAACUUUGCGAACCCUACCCAUGUAAAUAACUUGAGCUAGCGCUGGUUUACUUUUCCUCAAAACUUAACAUUAACAUUAGUCUGUAUAUUGGGUAGGCAGAAAGUCUAGUUCAAGUUGAACAUAUUGAAAGAAAUCGAUAUUAUUGGCAAAUCAGCAUAAAUGGUGUUGUUUCUGGCCGCUUGAAACAAUAUUAAUUUUAAUACCAAGCCGUCCUAUAUUGAAAUCAGGUUAAAGCAAUUAAAUGGCAACUUAAAGGUUUUAAGUAAGUAGGUCUUAUCGAAAUGAAAAAAAAAAUAUAUACUAAAGUGACCUCUUUUAAUAUUUCUCAAGCAAAGUCAAAUGUUGUCUUAACCUGAUUUUCAGUAACUUCGUUUUUUUUUUGUUUUUGAAGCGGCAGGAGUCACAGUACAAGAAAAAGUUAAAUGAAAAUUAAACUUUGGGUACCACAUAGUGGGGUUGUUCAACCAUCCAAAGAUAAUUAAUCAUCAUGGUUCCUUUUUGAGCAUGAAUGCUUAAAAUAGGUAUUUAUAAAACAAUGUCAACCCACCAGAAUUGUGAAAAAGGAUAGUCCAGAUCCCAGGUAAGUUUUUAAGGAAACUAAUGUCACAACAGUGUUAGUGUUAACCUGGCGUUUUAUAUUGGAGGUCAUGGUUUGACGACUCCAUACUAAUUUGAUACAGUAUGUAAUGUUGCUGUCACAUUUGGUCACUUGAAAACUCACGCUAGGGUCUCAGCUGGUCAUAAUAUGGAACUGUGACUAAUUUAACAAAGUGGAGCAAUGAAAUCAUUUUGUUACGGCUUGUAUUGUGAACAUUGCUCUGCUUAGGGGUGUAAAAGAUAAAGAGCAUUUGUGUUCAAUUUAGCAUAAAAUGUUGAGCUCUUUGGGGGUCUUAGAUAUUUGGGAUAUCUUGUGAAGAGUUAUAUGAUUUGGUCACAGUCAACACAAAUUUGAGAUGAAAUGUUUUUUUUUAAAAUUAAUAAUGCACUGUUGAAAAUUUUCAGUUACUCUUUCUUUAAACGAAAUGGGAAAUAAUUUCCUAUAGUGACACAUUUUAACAUUCAAAUAUCUGUAUCUGUGAUAUAUUUCAUUAUGCACUUGCCUGGUAAGAUGUGUGCAAAGAGAUAAAAAAAUAUGUUUAAUAAUUUUGUCUUCCAAUUAGCUUUAGAUCUAUAAAAAGACAUGUGAACCUUGCUACGAAUGACAUAAUACUUAUUGUUUAUCUUGACAGUGAUAAUUCAUUGGUACAAAGUGUUUUGGGCUUAUAUAAAAAAGAUUAACUCGGAACUUUGCCACAUUAGUUUUACAUUCAUCUCCUAACCAGGCCAUAAAUUUAAAAGUCAGCAUAUCAUAGAUAUUUUUGUAAAAAUGUAAUAGUUUCAACAAAUCAUGCUCUAUUAUACAUAUAAAUCAAUCCCUUUUAUAUAUUAAUAUAUGUAUUUGGCACAUCAGUAAAUUGAAACUUUUUUUAAUCUAUUAAACUAUUUAUCUCUGGAAUUGUAUAGAGAUUUACGAGUUGAGGCGAAUUUUAAAAAGCACUGUUUA